AACAUUUCGUGAAAGUAGCACUUUCUGGUUGCUUAUCAAACUCGUCUUCCUACUUUUUUACUACAAAUUAUAAAAGUCGUUGUUUUCUUUUCUUAUUUAUACCGCCAUGUCUGCUUUUUUAUACUCACCAGAUGGAAAAGUAUGUUGUAUUUCGAAUUUGGGGUACAUAAAUGGCCAGGAAAUCGCCAAUCUAACAAAACAGAGGACUAUCAAAGAUUUCUACCUCCUACACAAUGGCCAUUUAGUGUUCCCAUCAGAUGGGAUCCUCCUAGCACCAGAUGACACUUUGAGGAUUAUACCACGUUUGGUUGGAGGAAAGGGAGGUUUUGGGUCUAUGCUUAGGGCCAUUGGUGCUCAGAUUGAGAAGACAACAAGCAGAGAAGCUUGCAGGGACCUCAGUGGAAGAAGAAUGAGGGAUGUAAAUGAUGAGAAAAAGAUUACGGAGUGGGUAGCAAAGCAGGCUGAGAGAGAGCGGGAGGCUGCUCGUCGUAAACAAGAGAAAAUGGAAAAAAGAAGAUCACUACCCAAGCACAAUUUUGAUGAUGCAAGUUACACCCAACAGAUCCAGGAGAAUGCUGGAAAGAUAGAAGAUGCUUUAAAACAAGGUCUCAAAGCAUCUACAUCAGAACCCUCCACUUCUAGUGCAGGAAGCAAGCGUACAGGCCCUAGCAAAGGUCCAGCCACCAAGAAGAAAAAAGUGUGGUUGGGAAUGGAUGAUUUGGAGGAUGAGAGUGAAGAAGAUAUAUCUGACGAGGAGUACAACAGGAUACACCAAGACAUGCCAGGAACAUCAACCUCUACAUCAACAGAAGAAACACAGACAUCAGCUAUCAUCUCAACAGAAAACACAACAGCAACUGAAGCAUCUACAUCUCACAAAAUAGACCCUCACACUAAAACAACCAAAACUGAAGAUGAGCCCUUGGCACAACGAGUUGACCAGGAAGUCGGUGAGACAGUACAAAGCUCUUCAUGUAUAAUUUCUGAGAGCUUGGUAGAGUCUGAGCGGCCUGAUAGUGAUAGAAGUGACUCAACUGAGGGUGACACCAUGCCAAGCAAGGGGAGUGAAACUGCAAAAUGUGACCAGGACAAGCCUUUCUGCAUUGAUGAGUACAAUUCUGCAACUGAACUUGAGAAUCUAGGCUUGGAAUGUCUUAAACAGCACCUUAUGUCUCUGGGGCUGAAAUGUGGAGGGACACUACAAGAGAGAGCUCAAAGACUUUUUUUGACCAAGGGAGUGUCAUUGGAGAAAUUGGACCCAGCAUUGUUUGCAAAAGCAGCAAAACCAAAGAAAAAGCAAAAGAAGUGAUUUUACUUUGGUUUUAGCGCAUACUGAUACAAUCCUUUACAGUCCUUUACUUAUAUGCAUUAAGCAUUUUGUUUGAUUUUCCACAUCUUAGAGGAGCCUCAACUGAAAGUUCGAACCUCAUCUUGUUGAAUGUUAAAAAUAAGUGGGCAUGGUGUAGGAAUAUCAACCAAAUUGUCUUAAAAAUCCACUCUUAACACUUUUUAAUGUUAACAGUUUAUUUUCAUGCUCACAGAUAUAUAGCUACCAGUAAACAAACCUCUAUGCAUAUAUGAGGCAAUAAAUGAAAAAUAUAUAUUUUUUCUUUAUACAUAUUUUUUACACCAAACGUAGAAUAAAAUAGCCUGAAUGCA